UCAAGUUCACGACCAUGCCUUGCCCGGCCGAACCUCCACCGACCCGAUAAGAGCCAUCGGUCACCACGAGGUCUCCUUUGCCUGGAUGUCUCCAUCGCCUUCUUGGAGACAACUGAGGAAGAUAACGGUGACGCAACUCUUCUUGCCAAAGCGUCUUGAGGAGACAAAGUCUCUGAGGAUGAAAAAGGUGAAGGAGCUCAUGAGCUUCGUGUCUGAAAGCUGCGAGAGAGGAGAAGCUGUUGAUAUUGCUCGUGCCUCCUUCGUUACAUCCCUCAAUAUCGUCUUGAAUGCUCUCUUUUCCAUCGACUUUGCGAGCCACGACUCGAAAGAAUCUCAUGACUACCAUGAUAUCGUGACUUGUUAUGCGCAAGUUUCCGGGAAACCCAAUAUCGCAAACUUUUUCCCGUUUCUAGGGUUUCUUGAUCUGCAAGGUACUCGUAAAGAGAUAAAAGCAGUCAUAGACAGGCUGUUUCGGGUUUUCCAAGGGAUUAUUGAUGAUAGGUCGAGGGAGAGAUUAUCCCAGACGAAGCCUAAAGAUGUUUCGACCAUUGACCUCUUGGAUUACCUUCUCGAUCAAGGAACCAAUGUGAAAGUUAUGAAACACCUCUUCCUGGAUCUGUUUGCGGCGGGUACGGACACGAACUCUGUCACGGUGGAAUGGGCGAUGGCUGAGUUACUCCCCAAACCGAAGAAGAUGGUAAAAGUUCAGGAAGAGAUCAGGCAAGUAAUCGGUGAAAAUCGUGUAGUCCAGGAAUCCGAUGUCACGAGCCUCCCGUAUUUACAAGCAGUGGUUAAAGAGACGAUGCGUUUGCAUCCGCCGGCUCCAUUUCUCUUGCCGCAUAAAGCAGAGUCUGAUGUUAAAAUUUUCGAUUUCUUCGUGCCUAAAAAUGCUCAGGUUCUAGUUAACGUUUGGGCCAUAGGACGAGACCCGAACGUAUGGGAUAAUCUGAUGGAGUUCGAGCCAGAGAGGUUCUUGGGACGAGAAAUCGACGUGAAAGGCACUGACUUUGAGCUGACACCGUUCGGAGCAGGACGAAGGAUUUGUCCGGGAAUGCCACUGGCUCUUAAGACAGUGCCUUUGCUGCUUGCUUCUCUUCUCCAUUCAUUUGACUGGAAGCUCCAAAACGGUGUCGUUCCGGAGGACCUGGACAUGGACGAGGCAUUUGGCAGUAUCUUGCACAAGGCCAAUCCUCUCUGUGCCGUUCCCGUCAAGAAACCUCUCGUCUCAACCAUCUCUCCGGAUAUUUGAUUAAGCGAUGCUUUCGUCACACAUAUAAUAUUUUCACACGGUGGAAUUACAAUAAAAUCGUGCUUGAGGAUACUCUAAUUUAAAAUAGAGUUUUUGUGUAUGUGAUAAUAAU